AGGAGAUGUCAUACUUGGAGAGAUGUGUUGAGAUGAUGAUCGAUUUGCUAGACCAGCUGCCAACUCGCCGCUUUUUUCGGCCGCUCAUGGUAGACAAGCACAUUGUUGUACGGUGCAAGCGCUCCAAAGUGGCGCAGCUGCCUGAGGCAAGGCUCCUCAACCAGCUGCUGGGCAUCUUGAGAUACUACGAGAAUUUCGAGAUAGAUGACACCACCGGGAAGCCUUUGUCUCGACGAGAAGUGACCGACCUUCACUACGAGAGGCUGCAGCUUUUGCAGAGAGUCUGUUUCCAGGAAUUUCCGGACAAUCCGAGCUUGAAGCCCAUCAUGCUCAUUAAUGUGGCCAACCUGGACAGCAGGGAGGCGCUGGUGCAGCACUUCGAGCCGUUGCCGCUGGAGGUGCUGAAGACUCUCAGCGCCAAGGUCUGCUACCUCGACGUUAGCAAGGAUCCGACGCUGGCUGUCAUGGAACAGAAGGUGAAGGAGGCCAUUGCAGCACAGGAGAAGGCUGAAGCCGAGAAAGAGGCCACAGAGCCGAAGAAAAAGAAGCGCAAGAAGAAGGUGAAAACAGAGGAGGAGCAGCGGCUUUGCGAGCUGCUGGUUGAGAUCUUAGUGAAUCGCCUGGAGCGCCCGGUGAUGCAGCAAGAUGACGUAAUGAAGAUGCCGCUGUAUCCGACAGAGGAGCUGAUUUGGGAUCCAAACCUCGUUCCAGAGGAGCAUUACUCAGGUGACUACUCGUUGGCGCUGCCAAAGCUGAAUCUCCAGUUCCUCACGAUUCACGACUACUUGCUCCGCAACUUCAACCUCUUCAGGUUGGAGUCAACGCAUGAGAUCCGAGAUGACCUCCAUGAUCAGAUCCCCAGGAUGAAGGCCUCCUUGGAUCAAGAUGGGAGCACCCACUUCAGUGGGUCUGCCCGAAUGGCGAUACCGCUGGGCGGCUUGGAAGUGAUGAAUGUGAAGAGACCGAAAGUGGGCGAGGAGGUGCCCUCCGAGGUGCGCGCAGAGGUCAGGUGGUCCCUCACGGGCGUGCUGCCGCACGUGCGGGAGGAGUGGGAUACGUUGAGGGAGCACGACGUGAUCUUCCUGAUCAGGAUCCAGCCACCGGCGGAGCCCUACGAUGGCAGGGUGGCUGAUCUCUCUGUGGCGGAGUUCCCACAAAAAUUCGGUGUGGUCUCCGUGCGUGGAGCAGAGAUCACAGAGCUUCUGGACGAUGAGGGCAACGUCCUUAGCGACCCCAAUCCCGCCGAGCGUCGAAGUCCUGUGGGCGACAUUCGGGUCGCAAGAGUCCUGCUGGACCCUGCACAGUACCACCAGGACCUGGAGGCAAUGGCAGCCGGAAAGCCAGAGGUCUAUAGCACCCUGAACCUUGUGAUGAGAAGAAAGCCGAAGGAGAACAACUUCAAGGCAAUCUUGCACACCAUCAGGAGCUUGAUGAACAACGAAGACACAGUGGUUCCAGAUUGGCUUCACGAUCUCUUCUUGGGAUAUGGUGAUCCGGGCGCAGCACAGUACUGGAAGCUGCCUACCUCGCUGAACCAGAUUGAUUUCCGCGACACGUUUCUGGACGAUGACCACAUUCUGGAGUCCUUCCCGGACGCAGAAGACAUUGACGUGCCGGAUAAUCUGCAGCGGCCCUUCCGUUUGAGCUUCGAGAAGGUGCGAGAUGAACCUGGAAAGAGGCCAAUAGAAAGAGUGAAGGCUUCGGCGUACACGCUGCCAAACAUGGGACCAUAUCCUGAAUGCAAGCCGCGCGAGAACUUCAUCCGCUUCACUCCUGUGCAAGUGGAAGCCAUCCGCUCCGGCGUGAACCCAGGGCUGACCAUGGUGGUGGGCCCUCCGGGCACGGGAAAGACAGAUACCGCGGUGCAGGUGGUGAAUCUGCUCUUUCACAACUUUCCAGAUCAAAAGAUAGUUCUGGUGGCACAUUCCAAUCAAGCGCUGAAUGACCUCUUCGAGAAAAUCGUGGCGCUGGACAUCCCUGAAAGAUAUUUGCUCAGGUUGGGCCGUGGAAUUGACGAGCUGGAUGCCAAGCAGGAUUUCUCGAAGUGGGGCCGUGUAAACCACAUGCUGAAGCGGCGGCUGGAGCUGUUGGCCAAGGUGGAGCGAUUGGCUGACACCUUUGACCUGUCCGGUCAGGAUGUAGCGUACACCUGUGAGAACGCCCAGCACUUCUUCUUGCAUCACGUGCAGUACCGGUGGGAAGACUUCCGCAGAAAGUUGGGAAUCGCCGGCAAGAAUGGAGCGAACAUCCACAAGGUGCUGACGAAGACCGGGCCUGCCAACAAGAAGCGGCGGGUGGAAGGUGAAGCCGAGGCGGAUGACUCAAGGAAGAGAACAGAAGCCUUGGAAGAGAACAGCGAGGAAGCCAAGAAGCUCCGCGAGAGGCUGAAGGGUGAGAUCACCGUGGUCUCCUUGCUCUUUCCCUUUGGCAAGUUCUUCGCAGACGUGCCGCGGCUCUUUCCAUCCGAGUCCUAUGAGUCGGACCUGGAGAUUGCCGAGGGCUGCUUCAGAUACUUCGAGAACAUGUUUCGGGAGAUCGAAGAGUGCCGCGCCUUCGAGCUGCUACGCAACAGCCGUGACCGCGGGGAUUACCUCAUCACUACACAUUCUCGCAUCAUUGCCAUGACCUGCACGCAUGCAGCGCUUACAAGAUCAACCUUGAUGAACUUGGCCUUUAAGUACGACAACCUGCUGAUGGAGGAAUCUGCACAGAUCCUGGAGGUUGAGACUUUCAUUCCCAUGUUGCUGCAGAAUGCCGAGAAUGGUUUCAGCAGGCUGAAGAGAGUCAUGCUGAUAGGAGACCAUCAUCAGCUGCCCCCUGUGGUGAAGAACAGGGCAUUCCAGAAGUAUGGACAUCUGGACCAGUCCUUGUACGCUCGCUUUGUGCGAUUGAAGACGCCAACGGUAGACCUCAAUUUGCAGGGCCGAGCAAGGCCGAGCAUAGCCGAUCUCUACAGCUGGCGGUACCGCGAUCUGGGCAACUUGCCCAAUGUGCUUACAGAUGACCGGUACAGAUAUGCAAAUCCGGGCUUGACAUAUCCGUAUCAGUUUGUGAAUGUGGCUGACUUUGAGGGGAGAGGUGAGUCACAGCCUACCCCAUACUUCUACCAGAAUUUGGGAGAGGCGGAGUAUUGCGUGGCUCUCUUCAUGUAUAUGCGCUUGAUGGGAAUUGCCGCAGAGAAGAUCUCAGUCCUCUCCACCUACAACGGUCAGAAGGCGUUGAUCCGGGACGUCGUGCGGACCAGGUGUGCCUGGAAUCCUCUCUUCGGUGAACCAGCAAAGAUUACCACGGUGGACAAGUAUCAAGGUCAGCAGAACGACUUCAUCAUAGUCUCCCUGGUCCGCACGCAGCAUGUCGGGCAUCUCCGGGAUGUCAGACGUUUGGUCGUCACCAUGAGUCGAGCGCGCUUUGGGCUCUACGUCUUCGGCAGGUUCUCCCUGUUCGAGAACUGCUUUGAGCUGACACCGGUCUUUAGCCGCUUCGCAAAGCUUCCUCGCGACCUUUGUCUAGAGCUUCAGGAGCAACCGGGCUCCAGGCGAUUGCUUGAAGCCGAGUCAACCCCAACGGCAGUGUCAGAUUUGCAACAGAUGUGGUCUUUGCUGCAGGAGAAGAUGAAGUUGCAGUUCCAGGACCUUUCGGCCCAGGCCUUCUGAGACGAUACGUUCGUGAGGAUACGAACGAGUCGGAGCGUGAGGGGAGAUAGAA